GGCUGUGAAGUAUGGAGGAAAUCAAGAAUGCAGUUCAGAGUAUUCUUCCCAGUCUUCUUCCACAAGUACUGGAGGAAGCGUGUGAACACCUUAUAGGUUUAGGUGUUGAAACAGAAGAUGACCUAAAGUAUGUUAAGUCAUCUGAUCUUCUGAUGCUGAAGGACAUUCAAGUGCGGAAACUUAUUAAUAACUGGCAACAAGGGUCCACAACAUCUCAGAAAUCACAAGAGACUGCUUUAUCAGACACAUCUAUAAUUUCUGAAUCGGUUUCACCACCUUCAACCUCAGAGGAAGAAAGAGAAAUAGCAGCAAAUUUACAGCCUGGUGUAAAUCCUGUUUGGGCAGAUGAAUUUGAAAUACCAUGGUCAAAAUUUUCAAAGAAGAAUCUAAUGACAUGUUUACAAAAGAAGUUAAGACCUAAACCAUCAGCAAGAAGAGAGAUGGUGAGAAUUCUAGUUGAUGAAAUAAGUAAGAUCUCUCAGAAGCCAGAUGAGAUUGAAGGCACUCGUGUUGGUACUGGAUAUGAUUCCCUUCUGAAACAAUUGCAGUCACGGUUUGACAACAUAAAUAGAAAAUCUGACAGUAACUCAUUCAAAAGGAAACGUAGAAACUCCCUUGUAAUGGAGGAGGAAGAUGCUGUGAGAGCUGGUCCAGCCACCAAAAUAUACUUGCAUGAUAAGUAUGGAUGCAUUAAUUAUAUGCCGAGUGAUUACCCAGAUGGGGAAUCAGAAAGAACACAAGAAGAUAAGCAAUGCUUAUUAAAGCAGAAAUACAAAGAAAUAUUUCAUGAUGAUGUGGAAUAUUUGAUGAAGGAUACCUACUUUUCUCAAAGGCAAGACAUCAUACAAAGGAAAAUGGAUGUUCUUCAUUUAAAAAUAGAAUGGCCUUAUUUAUUUGAGGCAGCAGGAAUGUUCGUUCAUUUUAUGGAACUCACUGGCAUUAACAUAAGUGAAAAAGUAGAGUCUGCCAUUGCUAGUAAGGGAGCACGAAUUCUAAAAUGGAUAGAAGAAGAACCAAACUUGAAUAUAAGGAGAAUUCAACAGGAACUUGUGCAGGCUAAAGGCUCUGUUGAUAAUGGCAAUGCAGAGGUUGCAGCUAUGAUCUGUGCUGCUAUGUCUUACCUAAAUGAAAAAGAAGACUUUCUGUAUGUAUGUGUAAAGGUUAGUUUUCUAUAUUAA